UCACCACUGCUAGGAUGACAUGAUGUUCAAAGUGAUGUACGAAAGGACGAGUUUUAUCAAAGUUGUUAUAAGCCACUGUAUGAAGUUGAUGCCCAAAAAGCCUUUACAUCAGUGAAGAAAGCUAUCGUGUUUUAUAACCAAAGGAACGCUAAUUGGGGAAUUGAUUGAAAGGCAAUAAAAUUCUGUUUCCUAAGUCAGUCAACGAAGAAAGCCUCUUGAGAUGUCUUCUUUUGUAGAUGGUUUCAAACAACGUCUUUGAUUGGGAAACCAGACAUGUAUAUUUGCCAGUGGUUGCUUCCCCCCAGGGCUAUCAUUAAUGGAACAGGGUCAGUUUCCAUCCUGAUCUGAAAUCUGUUUGAAAACAAUUAAACCACCACGCUGCUGAUGAAAGAGUAUCAUCAUUGCAUAAAGAGACAAUUGAAACUGACACUUCCUUGUAUCAAGCUGAACAUCAGUGUCAUAUAUGCAGGAGCGUAAGAAAAACCACCACCACGUGCUGUUAAAAACAACCUGUUGAUUAUCUGACGUAAUGAAAGGAAAAAAGAAAAUUGCCUUAAGAUGUCCGUCCAUUGGAAAAUACCUUUGCAAAAAAUUAUACUGAUCCUGAGGACAUUUUGAGGGAUCCAGUGGAAGAAGCCAUGACACGCAAACUAGGGUACAUGUACUUUGUGCAUAUCCUUUUUUGGUGAAAUGCCAGCAAAAACAGUAUUUUUAAAAAAUUAAGAGUGCAAGGCCCAGACAUGGAGGAAACAGCUAAAGGAAUUCAGACUGAGAACAUACAAACCACAGGAGCCUCAAAUACAGAAAAAAACAUCAUGACAGACGAGAGCCCAGCCAAAAAGGCCUCCAUCUUUUGCUUCAAGAAAAGGAGGAAAGCGGGUGAAAAGAUAACAGAGAAAGAUGACGAUUGUGUAUCGCUUUCCUUAAAGCCUGCGAACCAGGACUCCAACCUUGGAGGCAUUGAGGCAGAAGUUUCAAAUUCGCUGUGGUUUGCUUUCAAACGCCUAGUAACAUUGAGAAGGCGAUCCCGGUCUUCUCUGAAGAAGCCUACCCAGCCGGGUUCCUCUGUAGCGCUGGAGAUUCAGGCUGAAGAUUCUGCCACACUACACUGCCCUAAGGAGCACACCAGCCUUAAAAUGCCUUGCUUGAGGUUCUCCAGAAGCAGGAAAAAGCCAAGCCGUUUGGAAAUAACCGAGGAACUGGGGGAGAAAACAGAUGAAACAACCAGCAUCCUGAAUAAAAAAAGUAACAGUGAAUCUGAAACGAUGGGCCUGGAAGGACCACUGAGCACUGAGCAGUCCCCCAGAAGAGUUCUUGAGGAGAGAGAAAGUGACGGUGAAGCCGUUAAAAACGUUGAUAAUGUGGGCGUGCCUGCUAGGGAGAACGAAUUUGCGGUAGAGCCGAGGCCUGGUCGUGAUUGUUACGCAGACUCUGUGGUUCAGUCAGAAAUAAUCCACUCUGAGAAAGCCCUUGAAACGGAACAGGAGAAACAGAUCUUUCAGCUGCACCAGGGAAGUCUCUACGGAAACCCAGAAGAAGUAGAAUCUGAGAAAUUUGAUUUCAAGGUUGAUCUAGGCCCUCUCCUUCCUCAGGGCUUGUCAGAAACUGAGCAAAAAAUCUUGGAAGAAGACGCCAAGGACAUCCAGGCCACAGAAGCUAAGUUAGAACCAGUGGACGGGGUUGUUGAUCUUGUAGACGGCAGGAUCAGUGGCAAGGGCAGUAAUGCUGUUGAAGUGAUGAUGCACGCCAUCCCGUCAACGAUGGAAGACGAGGUUUCCGUUUGUUCCGACGAGGAAGGGAGAAGUGAAGAAAACAGACCCAUGAUGAUGCCCGCAGUAGGCAUUGUGAUCACAAUCACGGAAGCAGAAGAAUUCCAAGAGGAGGAAGAGCCCGCCCCGGUUUAUGAACCUUUUUCAUUCCCACAAGCCAGCAAAAAGAAAGGGAAGAAAAAAGCAAACAAAAGCGCAAACUCUGGCGUAGAGGGUUCCGGUCAGACGUGGGAAGGAAAAACACCUCCCAAGGUCCCAUCGCCAUUAGGCGCCAACGACCAGGAGCGCCGGACUUCAGAACAAUACGAAGUGCUUCUGAUUGAAACCGCUGCGUCUCUGGUGAAGGCAGCCAUUCAGUCGUCCAUCGAACAGGUCCUUAACGAAGUGGCUUUGGAGCAAAAUAAACAAAACAGCUUUCUGUGAUCACAAACCCUCCCUAAUCGUUGGCCCUGCGAGUCUGGUAGCGCAAGGGCAGAUGCUGCAGGCACCGGAGUUUGAGUACCAUUAUAAUCUACUACUUAAUUCUGUUAGGAUGUUAGUAGGAGAGGGUUAUUGGUUGGAUUUUUUGCAGCUGUUGACAAAAUUAUUUGAUUCGGGUCAUGCCGGCUAAUUCAGUAUUAACUCGACAGGAAGUGCUAUGAAAGUCCUGACAUAUUUAAACUCAGCAUGUGAGACUAGAGAGGGUCUUAAUCCUUUGGAUAUUUGCAGUGUCUGUGAUUAGCUUUAAUUUUGCAUGUUGGUGAAACGAGUGUAUCUUGUAUGCAAAAGCAGGAUAUAAGAAUAUGAGGGCAUUUGCUGCAUGGUGACAUGUGCCAUUGGCUUGUUCUGUGUGACAGAUCUAAGCAAGCCAGUCGUCCCUCUCUUUCUCCUUUCCCUGAUCCAUUUGUUUCAUGCGCUUGCACCCCUUUCUUCAUUGCUCAUAAAUUUCAAUGCCUGAAGUUUCUCUGUUCAUUACGUGGCAGCUCAUGUUUCACGCCAAUUUCUGUGAAUCAAUCUGCUGUUAAAGGCACCAGAGAAGAACUAGGUUUUUAAAAAAUGAAAUGGGAAGGCCAUGCUAAAAUAAGAAUCGUAUUAUAAAACAGCAGUGGAAAAUACAACUUGCAGUUGCAAAGAAAAGCCAUUUCUGCCACAGAGGUUGCAAAAUGUUAGAACAUGCUCGGGCAGAUGUUGGCAUAAUUUCACACAGAAAAGGGAGACCGGAGGGAGAGAAGAGCCCAAGGGGUGAACGGGAAGGGUUGUAAUGAGCAGAGUGAUGUGAUGAGGAGGCCUUUUGCAAGAGGCUGUCCUGCUCCAUCAGGCAAGUGAAGCUGCUGAACAGUGAAGUCCCACACCAAGGAAAGAGGGAAGCAGGAGCUAUAAAACUCAUCAAAGCAGACUCUCAGGCGAGGCUAUCUAAAGUUGUAGCCAAAAACAACAACAACAACCCAAAGGUCCAGGCAGUUCAGAGCAGAGG